AUGACAAAUAUGACAUUCACAAAAGGUAUUGGUACUCCAGUGUAUAUGGCGCCUGAAGUGUUGAAAAAAGAGAAGUACAAAAUUUCAUCAGAUAUUUAUUCGUUUGGAGUCACCAUGUUCGAAGUGUUUGGGUGGGAAGAAUCUUACGAUAAAAUAAAAUUCAAAUUUCCUUGGAAAAUCGCUGAGUUUGUUAUUUCUGGAAAACGACUUCCAAAGGAAGAGUCAAUAACACAAGACGAAUAUGUUUUGAUAUCACAGUGUUGGGAUAGUGAUAUAAAAAUACGGCCAUCAAUCGAUGAUGUUGUUGAAAAACUGGAGACGUUAAAUCUAUAG